AUGACGUCCAACUGCUGUGUCACUAAUAGUUCACCGGCCUCCAUCAAGGGCUGCCCCCGACCCUCCUCAGUUUGCUCCAGCAGUAUGAGUUGCCGGCCUGAGCUAUGUCUGGGUUAUGUCUGCCAGCCCAUCGCAUGCAUGCCUUCUGCCUGCAUGCCAACCACGUACCGGCCAUCCAGCUGUCUCUCCAAGACCUACCUGUCUAGCUCUUGUCGGCUUAGCAGCUGCCGACCAAACAGUGGCAUCUCCAGCUCCAUGGGUACCUGUGGUUGGUAUUGUGAAGGUGCCUUCAAUGGUAAUGAGAAGGAGACCAUGCAGUUCCUGAACGACCGCCUAGCCAACUACCUGGAGAAGGUGCGCCAGCUGGAGCGGGAAAAUGCAGAGCUGGAGGGCAAGAUCCAAGAGACCUGUCAGUCUCAGGUGCCCACCUUGUGUCCAGACUACCAAUCCUACUUCCGAACCAUCGAGGAACUCCAGCAGAAGGUUCUGUGCACCAAGGCAGAGAAUGCCAGGAUGGUUGUGCACAUUGAUAAUGCCAAGCUGGCUGCGGACGACUUCAGGACAAAGUACGAGACAGAGCUGUCCAUACGGCAGCUGGUGGAGGCCGACAUCAACGGCCUACGCAGGAUCCUGGAUGAACUGACCCUGUGCAAGGCCGACCUGGAGAUGCAGGUGGAGUCUCUGAAGGAGGAGCUGCUGUGUCUGAAGAAGAACCACGAGGAGGAAGUCAGUGCCCUUCGAUGUCAGCUUGGGGACCGCCUUAACAUUGAGGUGGAUGCUGUGCCCCCAGUGGACCUGAACAAGAUGCUGGAAGAGAUGCGAUGUCAGUAUGAGACUGUGGUGGAGACCAACCGCAGGGAUGUGGAAGAAUGGUUCAACACACAGAUGGAGGAGCUUAACCAGCAGGUGGCCACGAGCUCUGAGCAGCUUCAGAGCUACCAGUCGGAUAUCAUUGAUUUGAGGCGGACGGUCAACACACUGGAGAUUGAGAUGCAGGCUCAGCAUAGCCUGAGGGACUCCCUGGAAAACACGCUGACGGAGACGGAGGCGCGCUACAGCUCUCAGCUGGCCCAGAUGCAGUGCAUGAUCACCAACGUGGAGGCCCAGUUGGCUGACAUCCGCUGUGACCUGGAGCGUCAGAACCAGGAGUACAAAGUGCUGCUGGAUGUCAAGGCACGGCUGGAGUGUGAGAUCAACACGUACCGAGGCCUGCUGGAGAGCGAGGACUGCAAGUUACCCUGUCACCCAUGCUCCACUCCUUCCUGCCCACCCUGUGCCCCCCGCACAGUCUGUGUGCCCCGCACUGUCUGUGGACCUGGUCCUCAAGGCCGAUACUGA